UUCAUUUUGUGUUCUGUUCUGUUCUUAAAUCUUGUCACUGUGUUGUUUUGAUUGUGUUCUUGGUUGAGGCAAAUUUCACAACAAAAUGGUAAAAAUGAUAUUUCGUUAUUUUAGAGAAGUAAACUAAACACACCAAACAACUCCUCUACAAAUUGAAAGGGGUUUAAUUUUGCCGCCAAACAUAAACCCACUUAUAUAUAAAUCUCUUUCUUUACAUUAUUAUUAUUAUCAUUACACAAUACUCAAACAAACCCUCAUUCAUUCUCACUCUUUCCUUUCCAAUUCAAUUAUUAUGGCUGAAAAAAGAGCUAAGACGACAUUGAUGGUGGAUGAGGAGGAAGACAGACUUUCCAAACUACAUGAUUCACUCAUCCUACAUAUUCUCUCAUUUCUUUCCACUGAGGAUGUUGUUUCCACUUGCCUAAUUUCGAAGCGUUGGAAAUUCAUGUGGUAUUGUGUCCCCAAAAUCUCUUUUCAAGAUUCUAAUUUGGGAAAUGACCCAAAAAAGUUUUACAGUUAUGUUGAUAAUUAUUUGGAACACCGCAAGAGAGGCAUGUAUUUUCUUCCUGAUUCGGCUAUAACUAGUUUUAAGCUUCGCAUAGAUUAUACUUAUGAAAGAAGCAAUGCUUGUCACCUAGAUAAGUGGUUAGCUUUGAUAGCUGAGUUGAAAGUCAAGGAAAUACAUCUUUGGGUGAACAAGUCAAAGAAUAACAAUGCUGAUGUUCACUACUACUCCUUGCCUAAAACACUAGUAGUCAGCGCAAGAUAUUUGACUACAUUAAACUUGAAUUCAGUGGAGUUGGAUUCUCGAUACUCGUUUAGCUUUCCAUCUUUGAAAACAUUGUCAUUAGCUUAUGUUAGGCUUGUAGAUAAUGAUGUAGUAGAUAAGCUAUUGAGGGGUUCCUCUUCCCUUGAGAGCUUGCAGUUGCUUUUUUGUUGUUUGUCUAAUGAUCCUCAGCUCCGCAUCAACAUACAACAUAGUUUAAGCCUCAAGUUUUUGGAUAUUACACUCACUAAGGAUUUGGUGGAGCAAAUCGAACUCAUAAAUCUUGAAUCUUUGUUGCUAAAAGGUGUUUCCUUUGACAAGAUAAAAGUCUCUGCAUGCAAGGCAAUUAGAAUUCUCAACUUAACUUGUUGUUGGGGUAUGGAAGAGUCGUCAUCAUUCGAAUAUUUCAUUUCUAGCCUUCCUCUCCUUGAGAACUUGACUUUGUACAAUGGGCGUAAGCCUAACAAGUUAAAGCGCAUUGAAAUCUCGAAUCAACACUUGGAGAAUCUCUUUGUACAUAACCCUUUUGAUGAUGAAAUGAGUGUUAUAAUUAAAUCAACUCCAAAAUUAACCACAUUUGUUUAUUUUGGUGGUAUCAAAUUUAGUGUGUCAAUGGAGUCUUCCCAUUUAUUGAUUGGAGCCUUUGUGAUUGAGGGGCUUGAGAACUAUGACGCCUAUUGGUUUAUCAAUUUGAUGAAUUUUCUUUUGAAUCUCAACUGUUCUUGGAGAUGCAUAGACAUUCAUGUUGAAUCAGAUGAGGCUCUUAUCUUUCCAUGGAACUUGAGGAGGGUAUGUCGUUCUCCUUUGGUCAAUUGGGAACAUCUUCGAUUUUUUACUGAAUGUAAACCUGGGAGGGAAUCAGACUUGAAAGAUGCUCUGCAAUGGAUUUCUCCUACAUUAUCUAUAAAGAAGGGGCCUCUUCUGAAAUAUUGAGUGUUUGGUAUGAAACAUUGAUGAAUCAUUCUCAAGCUUUUGUUGUUAGUAAUAGAAUUCAUCCAAAUUGAAUGAAUUAGUUUGUCAAUUUCUCUUGAUGAAUUUUGUGUUGUGUUGAUUAACACACCAACUUGAUCUCACUGAAAUUUCAAUGCUUGGUUACUUGGCU